UUGUUCUAGCGACUCGCUGCCCGUGUGGUCGCGAUUCUCCACUUCGAAAUGAAACCCUUUUCGGCAUAAUAAAAAACGCCAUAGCAAAUCCAGCUUUUCAAAUCCUCCCAACGGUGAGUCACUCCGCGACGGAGCAGUUUCUGAUCCGUCAAUUUCACCGCCUCUCUCCGCCCCGAGAUGGCGAGCUUUGUUCACAAACUCGCCAAAAACGCACCGUCUCUGAGAACAGCGGUGUCCCUCAGAACCCAUCUCUUCCCCAAACCCACACCCUCUCUUAUUUCCCACCGCAGCCAUCUAGGCUCGCCCAAAUCCGAUUGCGCAGAAGACCCAGUUCCUCAAUUUGGUCGCACAAGCUUCCACAAUGCUGAAUCUCCCAACUCCUUUCCCAUCUUCCCCAAUUUCCCAUUUGGGUUUUGCUUAAAUCCGAUUUCCCCAGCUGGGUUGGAGCGGUUGGGUGUUUUCGAGGCGGUCGAGGUGGAGUCCGAAGAUGCAAGGACGAUUUGGGCUGACAGUGUGAAGAAGAAGAGGAAGAAGAAGAUGAACAAGCAUAAGUUAAAGAAGCUCAGGAAGAGUCUUCGCCGCAAGUCCAGAGCUUGAUGUGGUAGUGAGGAGGUUUAGGCUUAGAUUUUUGUGAAAUCUCAGUUAGGGUUCUACAUUUAGAAGUUAUUAUGCAUUGCCUGGGAAAUUUGAAUGGAAUGAUCAGCUUGUUUUGCAUAAAUUAUAGAAUGUGAGCAUUGUUGAGUUUAGAAUAAGAUUCAUUACACUUUUGGAUUAACGAUUUCAUUUUACUAAUCAAAUUUUCUUCCUUUA